GAAUGACAGAAAGACUGUUGAAGAUAAUCGCGGAGAGGAGCUGGAAUGCUACUGCUUCGCGGAUUACAGUAACAUUUAUACGUUGUUUUCCAUAAGCACCCAACUCCAGUGCUUGAAUUCAUCAGGAUCUAAAUAAAGGUACGCAAUCCUGAGACAUGUCGGAGGACCUGAGCUCCCAACCCUCCCAACCAUGGUCCAUCAACAAGGAUGACUACGAGCUGCAGGAGGUGAUCGGUGAGUGUGGACAUGAAGCGGAGCUACAGCUGUGGUACAGGCUGCCUACUGUGUGCCCAGGAAGGAGAAGGUCGCCAUCAAACGCAUCAAUCUGGAAAAAUGCCAGACCAGCAUGGAUGAGCUCCUGAAAGAGAUUCAGGCAAUGAGUCAGUGUCACCAUCCCAACAUUGUGUCGUAUUACACCUCGUUCGUGGUGAAGGAUGAGCUGUGGUUGGUCAUGAAGCUGCUUAGUGGUGGCUCUGUGUUGGAUGUUAUAAAGCACAUCAUUUCAAAAGGGGAACACAAGAACGGUGUACUGGAUGAACCCAGUAUAGCUACUGUGCUGAAAGAGGUCCUUCAGGGUCUUGAGUACCUUCACAAAAAUGGACAGAUCCACAGGGAUCUCAAAGCUGGAAACAUCCUGCUGGGGGAGGACGGAUCAGUGCAAAUCGCAGAUUUCGGUGUAAGUGCCUUCUUAGCCACUGGUGGUGACAUGACUCGAAAUAAAGUGCGGAAGACGUUUGUGGGAACGCCAUGUUGGAUGGCUCCAGAAGUGAUGGAGCAGGUGAAAGGUUACGACUUCAAAGCAGACAUCUGGAGUUUUGGGAUCACAGCCAUCGAGCUGGCCACAGGCGCCGCUCCUUACCACAAAUACCCUCCUAUGAAGGUGUUGAUGUUGACCCUGCAGAAUGAUCCGCCUUGCCUUGAGACCGGAAUCACAGAUAAAGAGAUGUUGAAGAAAUAUGGGAAAUCCUUGAGGAAAAUGAUCUCGUUGUGUUUGCAGAAGGACCCAGAGAAAAGGCCAACAUCAUUAGAACUCCUAAAACAUAAAUUCUUCCAGAAAGCCAAGAAUAAUGAAUUUCUGCAGGAGAAAUUAUUACAGAGAGCACCUACAAUUACAGAGAGAGCGAGAAAGGUUCGGCGAGUUCCUGGCUCCAGUGGGAGACUCCAUAAAACAGAAGAUGGAGAAUGGGAAUGGAGCGAUGAUGAACUGGAUGAGGAGAGCGAGGAGGGCAAAGCUGCUGUUGCUGCCUUGCGGUCACCGAGAGUAAAAGAAGGACUCCAGAACACAGAGAUAUUCCAGCCUUUCAGCAGUCACCUCCAGCCUGAACUACCUCAAGCUGCUGGCCAGGGCCCGGCCAACCCUCAACACACUGGCCCAAGUACAACCCCGACCCCGGCUGCGAACCCUGCACAGGCCCCGGUUUCUGGAGGCAAUGCCUCACCAUCCCCCAUCAGUUUAGUAUUAAGGUUAAGAAACUUAAAAAAGGAACUGAAUGACAUACGAUUUGAGUUCAUGCCUGGCAGAGACACAGCAGAUGGGGUUUCUCAGGAGCUGGUAUCGGCUGGCUUGGUAGAUGGGAGAGAUUUAGUUAUAGUGGCUGCUAAUUUGCAGAAGAUAGUCGAAGAGCCUCAUUCCAAUAAAAAUGUCACAUUUAGACUGGCCUCUGGCGUUGAGGGCUCAGAGAUUCCUGAUGAUGUCAAACUCUUGGGAUUUGCUCAGCUCAACAUUAGCUAAACUUUGGCUCUGUGCAGGAAGCCUGACUUGCCUACAAAUGUGAAAGCAAACCAACACUACCGACCGAAUGACACAUUGAUGUAUUUUUUUCCUCUUUCAAUUGCCCUAAAGAAACCACUGUUGCCAAAGAGAAAGAUUCCAUAGCGCCAGCCCAUAGGAUUUCAAACAGCCCAACAGAAGAGUUGCACGAACAUGAGAAUGAGCAGAAUUUGUAGGAAUAUAUUAAAAUAAAGUUGAUGAUUUAGGAUGCAAUCAUUAAAACCAGAUAUAACCUUAAUAUUCUUUUAAUAAUUUUAUUUAAUGUUUUUCCUAGUUUUGCGCAAUCUGACAACCUAAAAAAGAACACUGCAAAAAUGCCUUCAAUGUUAUAUUAAGUCAAACUCAAAGAAGCAUGGAGUUUAUAGAGGAAGCAAAUAGGUUUAGCUAUAAUUCUAGCUUUAUUUUUUAACCUGUAAUUUCUAUUGUUUUGGAGAGAAGCAACUAAUCAUGUUUUGUUACACAGUUUGCAUUAUUUACUUCAGUUUAAACCAGCUUAAUGAACAUUUACGGGAUCUGGUUUUGAUAUUUCCACUUCUGGUUGUUGUACAAAUUUUACUUUUCUCUGCUGUUAUACUCAAGAGCUUGAUUUCUUCAUUGUACGCUGACUAAUAUCAAUACAAACAGAAAAAUUCUCAUAUUUCAGAUUCUGCAGAUUAGCUGAAUAAGAUGAAAUGAUUUAUUCAGUGUCAUUUGAACACUCCUGAAGGCAGUUUUACUGCUUUCCUCUCUUUUUUUUUUUUGCUCUCAACUUGGCACAUUUGCAAAUGUUACUAUCCGUUGCUGCUCUAAAAGUUAUUGUCUUAAUGUUUCUGCACAUUUAUGCAUCACACAUAUCUCCUUUUUUAGAUUUGGCUUCCAUUUGUGAAUUUUGGUUUUAAUUUUUUUGACAUCAUCUAUGACUUUUUAUUUUUGUAAGUCUCUCUGUAAGUCUCUGAGGUACCUGGUGAAACUUUGGUGUUUGGCCUUUUCCUGCUCUGGAAUUGAACUCUUCAUGUGUAUUUGUGUUGUGGAUGAACUCAGUUAAGCAUGUACAUAAUGUAAUUUGCCAUUGGUUUGAUUUUAUAUGGGAUGUUUCACUCAUGGCCUUUGUGUUCUUCAUAAAUAAGGUGAUGGGAGGUGGUGUCCGCUACAAAAGACACAUUGUGAGUGUUGGUUUUUCUUUUUGUCAAUGAGCGUGCCUAGAAUCACAAUGGGGUCUUGUGUUGCAUAAAUCUGCCCGGUGUUUCCAGCAGAUCUGUUCUGAACUGCUGAAGUUUGAGAGGUUGUUUAUUUCACCCAAGAUAUCUCUUUUAAACCCAUCACUAUCUUUGUGCAAAAACAGCCUGGAAUAAUCUUAUCAACUUAAUUAUUUUUAAGCAAUGUUUCACUUGAUUUCUAGUAUUAUUAUUAUAUUAAUCCCCUUUGCCCUUGCUGACAUUUAAUAUUUUAUAUAUAAUUAUAUUAAAUACAGUGGGUACGGAAAGUAUUCAGACCCCGUAAAAUGUUUCAAUCUUUGUUAUAUUGCAGCAAUUUGCGAAAAUCAUUUAAGUUAAAAAAAAUUUCCUCAUUAAUGUACACACAGCACCCCAUAUUGACAGAAAAACAAAGAAUUGUUUACAUUUUUUGCAGAUUUAUUAAAAAAGAAAAACUGAAAUAUCACAUGGUCCUAAGUAUUCAGACCCUUUGCUGUGACACUCGUAUAUUUAUUCACAUUCAGUUUACCGUAAGCAAUAAAUACAAAUUGAAAGCAAAAACAUCAA